CGAUCUUGAUUUUCUUUGCUUUAUCGCUGCUUGGGAUCUUGAUCUUGCUUGGAUGCAAUCAUUCCUUCCGUUCAGGUCCAUUAAUUUUUGUUUCCCACGGCCAAAAGCAUUACUUUGGAUUCUAAUCUAAUCUAAUCUAAUCUAAUUGAUUGACCAUGCCAUCUGACGAGAGUUUGCUGGAACAAGCGGAGGAAUGGAAGAAGAAGGGCAAUGAAGCCUUUUCCAAGUCCUCCGUGGACGAAGCGAUCAAGGCAUACUCCCAAGGUUUGGUCCAAGUGGAUCGUAUGAUUCCUGCUCCCGUAUCGCUCAAGACCGCCCUCUUGUCCAAUCGAGCUGCCUGUUACUUGAAGGUGAUGAAUUUGGAUCCUUGUGUGGAAGACUGCACCACGGCGAUUGAUUUGCUUCAAUCCACCUCCAGCGAGGAACCCAAACUACGCUCUAAAUUGCUCUUUCGUAGAGCCAAGGCGUCCUUUAUGAAGGCCAACUUGCCCAUUACGACGGCGACUAAAAUGAACGAGUUGUUGCAGGAAGCUGCCAAGGAUCUGAUGGCCUUGCUGUCGUUUGAUCCCAAAAACAAGGAUGCCAGUAUGUUGCUGCAAAGCAUUCGAGCCCAACAUGCCAUGACCAAACAUUCUUUAACACCGCUUUCCAAGACGCUCGAGGCAGUCAAAGAUUUAAAAGACAAUGAGACAGAUCGUUUGCACAAAUUAAAAAUUAUGGGAGGACUCAUCGACACGGACACUUCCUCGGCUAGCAUGGAGUUGGGUCGUUUGGAUGGCGUUUCUUACUUGCUGGGAUUGGCCAAGAAUUCCGAGAAUAGCAAGGAAAUCCGAACAGUUGCUCUCAACUGUCUGACAUGUGCUGGUGGCCAUCCGCCCUUUGUGCGGACUCACUUGAAGGAUGUCCAAGCCCAAGUGGCAAACAUUGUUCAGACGGAUGAUUUUUCCGAUGUCGUCGUGGCAGGAUUGGCAGUUUUGGUCAAGUGUUUGUUGCAUCUCGACCGUGACAAGGAGGAUCAACCUGUGGUCGAAAAAUCCAGUGUCAACGAGGAGGCAAUUUUGGAUGCCUGUAUUGACAUCCUCAGCAAAACACAAAACAGUGAAACCGAUGUGGCCGUCCGUGGUGUCAUGGAAAACAUUUCGAUGAUGAUGUGUGGCAACGAUCGGACACUGGUGCUUCGAACCGCCUUGGCGGGUGGAGAUGUCACCAACACGGGUGUCCUCGAUGGGAUUCCAGCUCCGGUCAGCAAGAUGGAAAUCAAUCAAAUGACACCCAAAGAACUGGCAACUCACCGAAAGAGACAGCGCGAUAUCCGACUACGGGACGAAAAAUGGUCGAGACAACGAUCCAAGAAAUUCAUCGACAAGGGAGGAUUGCAGGCUUUCCUCAAGUGUGCUUCCACAGUGCAAGAUCAUUUUCUCAGGCGAGAAAUGACUGCUGUCAUCGGAAAAACUCUGUCGGCGCUCAAUAAUGAGGAAGAGGAGGGUUUCGAUUACGCCCGGGUCAAAAAGCUAGUGAAACCACUGCUCAUGGAUCAACGAGACAAAAUUGACGACAAUGAAAUGUGCACCAUUGAAGAAGUCUACAACGAUGACGAGGAAGCAAAGGUUCUUGAAGAGGAAGAUGAUACCGUCACUCUACAGAGCAUGAUGGAGAGGGCUGAAUUGACGACAGCAUUGCUGCUCUCCAUGAAAGAAGUCGGCGCUUGGGCAAUCUGCACAGCCUGGAUGGAUUCCGAUAAGGAACUACAAAAAAUGGUCGAUUCAGACGACGACCGUGCCCUGGCAUUGGCGUCCGAAGUGCUUUCGGCGGCCUCUUCGGUGGCAGAAUCGAGAAACAUGGUGACAAUGUUGCUGGAUAACGGCUCGAUGGAAAAACUUCUCAUGCACGAUGAUCGGGAUAUCCGUUCUGGUGCAGCCGCUGCAGUGGCGAAGCUGGGUCUGGCGGGAAAACAGAAGGACAAGGCUGAUGAGGGUGAUGUCAUGGGAAUGCUACAGGCUGCAGCCGAUUUGGUGGAAGAUGAGAGUGGUCAAUUCGAAUCCACCCAGACCAAUAAAGAUGCCGUUGCCAAUCUUUCACAAUCCUUCGGCACAACAAGUUUGGAACGCGGCGUGGAAAUGGUGACGUACCUCAUUUCGCAAACACAGGUCAAGGAGGAAAUUUCAGGUGGGUUCAAGGCAAAUGUAGAUUCCAAGUACACGACACUUCAAUGUUUGGUAAAAAUUGCAGAGAUGCCCAAAGCGGGGGAAUCUUUGUCAGGAUUUGGAUUGGCGACAAUUUUUCAGCAUAUGGCUGUGACUCCGAUGACCAUCAAGAAGGAAUACUUCCAGGAUAAGGAACUCAGCUCUGACGAUUAUGAUCAGCUUCAGAGUAUGGCAAAGACUCCAGAGGAAAAGGCAAAGUUCGAGCAACUCAAGGAGGAUGACACGGAGGAGCUUUGUGCUGAACGCAUUAGAAUGAUGGCAAAUGCCAACGUGCCUCGGGCUCUUGUGCAGUUGAUGGGCGGGGCAAGCGAGCACACCCUGGAGCAGAUCAUCCUGGCGUUGACACGCAUGGCAUCUGAACCCUCUGUGCGUGGAAACAUGAUCCAACAGGGCGCCCUGACAGCUUGCAUCAAGUUUGACCAAGACGCAAAUCCAUCCGCUGCGAUGAAGAAAAUCAUCCGAUCGGCGCGUCACUGCAUUGCCAAAAUGCUAAUCACCAUGAACCCUAGUUUGCUCACAUCAGCUCAAGCGAUGGGAUCUAUCAAACCACUGAUCCAGCUAAUUCGUGAUGUCGAAACGAUCGACUUACCGCGAUUCGAAGCCCUCCUGGCCCUGACCAACAUCGGAGCGUCGGGAGACGACAAACAGAACAAGAUUGUCGCAGAAAAAGGAAUUCCUACGUUGCACUUUUCCAUGUUCUCGGAACAUGACUUAAUCCGCAAAGCCGCGACAGAAGCGAUGUGUAACCUCGUUGGAAACAGCACUUUUAUGGAGUUUCUUGCAAAUCCUGAGAAUCUCCGACUCUGGCUCGCUUUUAGCGCAGAUUAUGACGAAAACUACGAGUGCGCCCGAGCCGCUGCUGGAUGCCUUGCUAUGGCGACACAUGACCCCGCUGUUGCUACGGCACUCGUGCAGUUGCCCAACUUCCAGAAGUACGUUGAUGAGCUCCUCCAGUGUGGUUCACUAGAAUUGAUGCACCGCGUCAUGGCAGUGCUUCUGAAUUGUGUAUCCCAAGGAGGCGAAUGCAAACAAAAGAUUAUCGAGCACGGUUUUGCAGCAUUUUGCUUGCAGUACGUGGGUAUGUACCACGAUGGUCGGGCGAUGGAAGAGCUCGGUUUCCCAGAAGAAGAAAAGCACAUGAUGCCCGCGACAGUUGACCUAGCAAAGAAAGUCGUUGCCGUGAGCGGAAUCUAGACCUUAAAAGGAAUCCAGUAGACUACCUGUAGUAUUUGUUGACCUGAAGCUGGACUGCUAGAAAGGAAGCACAUGUACUGGUACAGUACAGUACAUCAUGUACAUUACAUGUAUCUGGUGCGACCACUGAAGAUGACAAGCGCGGAGAUAACAUUCCAAGCAGACAUCAAAAUACGUGCCAUGUUGCAUGUUGCGUUGCAUUCGAGUUCUGAUCAAGAUAAGUCAAUACAGUAAGUCAGCAUCGUGCUUUCGGGGCGAAGUUGUCGUAUUGUGUUGAGCCGUACAGUAGGCGGCCGUAUCUUUCCAGGCCGUCAUCAAGAACACCGGUCCUACCUGAUUGCUUUCCGAUCCUGUUCGUCUUGGGGGGCAGAAUCGCACGGAGAUGCACAAGAGAAAAGUGCUGGGUUGAGUCGAGUCUGAUGAUAAAAGUCUCUAUUAUACAUUUUAUGCCGUUGU